AGACUGGAGAGCUCCCGUGUUUGGCGAUUUUGUGUUUGUGCAGUGCCGCGCGAUUCGAAACUUGAAAAAGGGUCCAAAAAAGGCACCUCAACUGGCAGUGUGUGGGGUUCGAACCGCAAAUGUACUGUAAUGCAAGUGGAGUGAACGGCCUGGAUUUUCAUGGUUUUUACCCAAUUUAGUGCUUUGGGGGCAAAACCUGGCCAAAAUCCUUUUCUUGUUAUGGCUUGCUUUUUGGAGAAAUAGACUUCAAAAACACAAUUGGAAGAGCAUUCCAUGGGGGAUUGCCCAAAAAUUGUGACGAAAACUCAAAAUUUGACCCGUUUAUGGCCAAAAGCUACACACUGUAGGGUACCAUCUUUUUCUGAAUGUAGCUCAGCUCAGUCAAUAAUAUUCCCUCCGUGACAUCAACGGACGGCAUGCCACAGUGACGUCAUGACAAUUUGAGACCUCGUUUGCGCGCAUCAUACAGUUUUCCGAUCCACGGCGCGGAUCGGAGCGCGAUUUUCCCCUGUUUCCCCUGGUUUUGCAUGCGCCGUUGGCGUGGACCUGCAAAUCCCGCGGCCCGGUCGACCGCAAAACUAGAACCUCUGGCAAUGCAUGACUGGCAUGAUGGCGCACAUGACUCGGGUCAUGAGUGAGAAAACUUGAGGCCCGGAUCGCGGUCUAGCUCUAGCUGUUGGCUGUAGAACUACACUGUAGUGUAGAAGUGUCGGGUCUGGUCGCAUGUAGUGCAUGCAGUGGUGGAAGUGCAGGCAAAAUCUCUGCACAACUUCUGCACUGACCUGCUCCCUGGUUGAUCCGACACAACUGCAACCUGGUCAAGAAGAAGCUUGUCCACAGGGUUUGUUGCUGUUGUCCAACGCUGCACGCACUGCCCAUGGCGUGUUGACCGAAUGCGGAUUUGUGGAGUCUUGCCAGCUCUCCGUUCAGUAUCACACUGCUUUGGGGGUUUAGGAGAGAGGCAUAGAACAGCCCUAUUCCGGAGUGUUGUGGUCCAGUUUUGCCAUCGGAAAACUCCUGACUGUGAAUUCUUGGAUCUAGGUGCAGUUCGGCCGAAAGUGGAGAAACGCCAGCUGGCGUACAUAUGUUUGCUGAACUCACAUAGGUGUUUGCUGCUUCGACCAGCCUACCAUGGCGUUCGUGGUCGCCCUCUUCGACUAUGGAGAGGGGGCAGCUUUUGGCACCCCGUUCAGGGAGGGCGAUGUGUUCCGGCUGAUCGAGAAAUCCAAUGAGGAGUGGUGGAAAGUUGAGAGAAAGGAUAAGAAAAUUAUGUACGUGCCGAAGAAGUUUGUGGAAGUGAGGGACUUGUCAUCGCUGCCAGGAUCCCCGAGAGAUAUCCGUAGCAGGGCUAGGGAUGAUUCUCCUUCCAACAAAUUGAUGCGAACUCAGACUCAGCUAGCUAUGACAGCCAGCUCCGGUGUCCGGUCGAAGAGUGCGGUAAGGUCGGACGACAGCCCGUCGCUGCCCCCACGUCGCUUCACCGUCAGCCAUAGCGACUCUCCAACCAAGAAGUCACACAGCGUCACCACCGACCCAUGCCUUACCGUGGACGACUCUCUCGACUUUCUGCACAAGCGUGCGGUGGACGCGUGCUCGCGCAACUCCCUGAUUCUUGCCAUGCCGCUUCAUAAAAAGAAUGUCGCAUUGCCCGGUGGAAAAAAAUGCAGCAGUAGAAAUUGGAUUCAGCUUUAUUGUGUCCUGGUAGAGGGCCAUCUGCUCUUUUACAAGGACAGAAAGGUUUUCGAGAAGAGCAGGACAUCCGGCUCUAUGAGAAAAAAAGCAACGGCAGAAAAAGAUUUACCGACGUCAGAGUUCCAAUUGGAGUGCUCCAUACUCCAAGUCAUCAGAGAUCACAAGAGAAAACACGUGGUCGAGCUCAUGAACGAGAAGAACGGUGUCGUCUGGUGUCAGUUAGAGACGCAGGGCCAGUUCGACGAGUUCAAGAAGGUCAUCCUGUCGCACUCCGGUGCUAAAGAAGUAGUGGACAGUUCCAGCAAUGGGCAUGCUCCCGAGUCAGUUAUUGCCGACGACGAUGAGGAUGACGAUGACAAGAAAAUCGUAAAGAAGAAGCUGCUGGCCUUCUUCAGUCGGCGUCCACCUCUAGAAAGCCUACAGGGCUUGGUAAAAGAGCAAUACUUUGGCGUGCAUCUUGAUCGGCUGUGUGAACGAGAGAAAUGCACAGUUCCCACCUUCGUCGAGGAAAUCAUCUCCGCAAUAGAACAGCGAGGGCUUGAAACAGUGGGAAUAUACCGACUAUCUGGAAAUGCAUCGCAAGUCCAGAAGAUCCGGUUCAUGGUGGACCAGGAAGAGGAAAUCGACUACACUGAUGCACUGACAUGGGACGAUAUCAACGUCCUCACCGGCGCUCUGAAGUUGUUCCUUCGAGAACUUCCCGAACCACUCAUCCCGUAUCCAGCCCUGGACUCCUUCGUAAAUGCCGUCCAGAUGCCAAGAGAAGUGGACAAGAGGGCAGCAAUGCAUUCACUGAUAGAAGCGCUGCCGCAGAACAAUUUCGACACGCUCAAGUUCAUCUUGGAGCAUCUGAUGAGAGUAACAGCGCUGGGAGAUGAGAACAAAAUGCAAGUCCAGAAUAUCGCCAUCGUCUUUGGGCCGACAAUGAUGCGCAAGGAGAUAGAAUCUAUCAACCUGGCAAUGGAAAUGGUAUUCCGAACGUCCAUCGUUGACUUCAUGCUCCGCGACUUCCACUCGCUGUUCAGCUAGUUCUGGCGAUGCCUGUCUUUGCCUUUCUACUUCUUUCAUCCCGGGCCGACCUCGCUCCGCCCCGUGGACCUGUACAGUGUGCAUGUGUGUGUGUGUAUGUGUCUGUGUGUCUGUUUUCUCACAGUUGGGGCACGACAUGUUGUCGAUGCUGGCCGUCGUUCCCUGCGAUUGCCUCCUGCCUGUCUGUGUAUAUGCAUAAUGUCUGUGCGUGUGUGCGUGUCGUUUCUUUUACGUUCGAUAUUUUUCGGCCGAUCCGCGUCUUCUGCGCACGCUGGCUCUCUGUCUCCAUACCGUCUCUCCCUGCUGUAGUGUAUAUGAAAUCGUACUCAAGCAUAUCAGCACUGAAUCAUAACUAGUAGUAUGUUAGUGAACCUUACCAGUCCCAGCUCACCCGUGAAUCCCCCCCCCCCCCUCUUCCUCUCCUCUCCCGCUCUCUCUCUCUCUCUCUCUCUCUCUCUCUCUCUCUCUCUCUCUCUCUCUCUCUCUCUCUCUCGUCCUUCCUUUGUCUUGCCCACCGUGCCGCAUCCUCUCCGUUUUCUUUUCGUGAAGGCUGGUGUGAACGCUCCUGAGCCCACACUCCAAGCUGCAAAUGGCGAUAACAAAUGUCCGCCGCUUUCGAGCUCUGAAUAUGAACUCUGCACCUGUACAGUCAGAAACAGCCAUUUCCCGAUGCCCUCCCGGCCCUCACUACCGCUGGCCCUCGCCUUCUCUUUCUUGUUGAUGAAAGAGCUUUGUCAGAUGGUGUAUGUGCCGGCGUGUGCGUGUAUGUGUGUGUGUGUGUCACAUCUUCCAUCAAAUCUACGGUGCACUGUGUUCUAACGGCAACGGCGAGAUCUCGUCUGCGCCGCAUGCUUUCUUCAUUUCUUGCUAAUGUGGCAGCAGUAACUACCCUGGGUUGCUUGUGCUGGCUACACGCUGCUUGUUCCCAGCUUCAUGUUUCCAGAAGUCGCUCUACCACAUCUCCUAUGCAUUGCCUACUAAUAUCCCUCCUUCCGAAUACUUUCUCGCAAUGUGGGUGCGCUUCGGUGCCCACGUCUACUUCUCUAUCCGUAUGUCCAUGCUAGCUUUUUGUCAAUUUCCCCACACAAUGUCAAGCGCCACCUGCUAUAAAUAUUAAGCCAAAGUACAACCCAUCCUCCAGUUAUUCAUUCCUACAUCGUAACCUUGAUGUUAGUCUCGAUGUACAGCCGUUUUUGCCCAUUCCUCCCUGGUUUGGUGUGCUAUAGUUGUGGUCUUCUCUUGUAUAGUAUUUAAAGUUAGUGUUUCUUUGUUCUCCUAUUUCGGUAUGCACCCAGCCGCAUGCUGCGGUUAAUGGCGGCGCGCUUUUGUUUGUCUGCAUAGCAGGGUUGCAUCCCGAAGUUGUGUGGAACUCCA